AUGAUUUGCUGUGUGGUUCACUUUUUUCUUUCCCCAGAUGUUGAUGAUCUUCUUGCUCAACACAUUGCCCAUCUCUUCAUUCGGGACCCACUCUAUUUGCUCUCUGAAAAAAUCCACCAAGAUGACAGCAAAGAGACAGAUCAUUUUGAGAAUAUUCAAUCCACCAAUUGGCAAACUUUAAGGUUCAAGCCUCCACCUCCAAAUUCCAAUAUUGGCUGGAGAGUAGAAUUCCGACCAAUGGAGGUUCAAUUGUCUGACUUUGAAAAUGCUGCUUAUGUUGUGUUCAUUGUGCUAGUAACAAGGGUCAUUUUGACUUUCAAACUCAAUUUCCUGAUUCCAAUCUCAAAGGUUGAUGAAAAUAUGGUGACUGCCCAAAAAAAAGAUGCUGUGACAGAAGAAAAGUUUUACUUCCGUAAAGAUGUCAUCACUGGUAAAUUAAUGACAAUGGCACAAUGGAUUCGUAAAUUUGUGUUGACCCAUGCAGACUAUAAGCAGGAUUCUGUGGUCAAUGAAAACAUCACAUAUGACUUGUUGGUUGAAUGUGAGAAAAUUGCAAGUGGAGAGAAACCAUGCCCUGAACUGUUCUUUAAAAAGAAACGUGAUUCUUCUCCUUCUGUAUUUCUUCUUUUUCUCUCUUUUCUUUCUUUUCCAUUUUCCUUUUGCAUUUCUUCUUCAUUCCUUAUUUUUCUUUUCUUCUUUUUUACUCUCUGUUGUAUUUUUUGCCCUCUUCUUUCUUUUCUUUUAUUUCAUCUAUUUAUUUUCUACUCUUUCCUCUAA